AUGUGGACUGAUGGUCCCGAAAUGAAGCUGGAAGGCUUGGCUGAAAAGCUUGGCUGGCAGGGCAAGACAGGUUGGGGGGGUGGGAUGGCAGUAGAAGGCGGCUUGGAAGCAUGGAAAGGUUGGUUGGCUGCUACAGAAGAUGGCGAUGGCAGUACCGCCAGCCAAGGCAGAGAGCAGAGAGACAAGCAUUGGACAAGAUGGCUGUCUCAGCGCUCCAGAGAUGAAGCGACAAAGCGCCUCCCGCAGCUGUCCAUCCAGCCCAUUGGUGUCUCUGGCGGUUUUGACUUUUGGACACGCAUCGCAGCUCAAUGCUUAGUUGCUGGGGGCAUCAUCGUGGUGGUCAUCAACCCGCCGCCAGGUAAGAAUGGGACUCUAGCCGACAUUAAUCUAUCUGAUCACUCCACAUCCAUCAAUCCUCCUCAACCUUGA